UCAGUGCGGGGCUGUGGGCUAGGGAGGAAGGUGGUUGGCGGUCCCUCCACCACCUCCGCCGUUGCCUCCUCCGCUGCUUCUGCCGCCGGUGGCGCCGGGCCGCUCGGCCGCUUGGGCAUGAGACCGUGAGGCGAGCGACGGGCGGGGGCCGCCGACAUGUUUGGCCGCUCGCGGAGCUGGGUGGGCGGGGGCCAUGGCAAGUCUUCCCGCAACAUCCACUCUUUGGACCACCUCAAGUAUCUGUACCACGUUUUGACCAAAAACACCACAGUCACAGAACAGAAUCGGAACCUGCUAGUGGAAACCAUCCGCUCCAUCACCGAGAUCCUGAUUUGGGGAGAUCAGAAUGACAGCUCUGUGUUUGACUUCUUCCUGGAGAAGAACAUGUUUGUUUUCUUCUUGAACAUCCUGCGGCAGAAAUCCGGCCGCUACGUGUGUGUGCAGCUGCUGCAGACCUUGAACAUCCUCUUUGAGAACAUCAGUCACGAGACCUCACUCUAUUACUUGCUCUCUAAUAACUAUGUAAAUUCUAUCAUUGUCCAUAAGUUUGACUUUUCCGACGAGGAGAUCAUGGCCUAUUAUAUAUCGUUCCUGAAAACCCUUUCGCUGAAACUCAACAACCACACUGUCCAUUUCUUUUACAACGAGCACACUAAUGACUUUGCCCUGUACACAGAAGCCAUCAAAUUUUUCAAUCACCCUGAAAGCAUGGUUAGAAUUGCUGUAAGAACCAUAACUUUGAACGUCUACAAAGUGUCAUUGGAUAACCAGGCCAUGCUGCACUACAUCCGAGAUAAAACUGCUGUUCCUUACUUCUCCAAUUUGGUCUGGUUCAUCGGGAGCCACGUGAUCGAACUUGAUAACUGUGUGCAGACUGAUGAGGAGCACCGGAAUCGGGGGAAACUGAGUGACCUGGUGGCCGAGCACCUGGACCACCUGCACUAUCUCAAUGACAUCCUGAUCAUCAACUGUGAGUUCCUCAACGACGUGCUCACCGACCACCUGCUCAACAGGCUCUUCCUGCCGCUCUACGUGUACUCGCUGGAGAACCAGGACAAGGGAGGAGAAAGACCGAAGAUCAGCCUGCCCGUUUCUCUCUAUCUCCUGUCGCAGGUCUUCCUAAUUAUACAUCACGCGCCCCUGGUGAACUCGUUAGCUGAGGUCAUCCUGAAUGGGGAUCUGUCUGAGAUGUACGCGAAGACUGAACAGGACGUUCAGAGAAGUUGUGCCAAGCCCAGCAUUCGGUGCUUCAUUAAACCCACCGAGACGCUGGAGCGGUCCCUUGAGAUGAACAAGCACAAGGGCAAGAGGCGAGUGCAAAAGAGACCCAACUACAAAAACGUUGGGGAGGAAGAAGAUGAGGAGAAAGGGCCCGCCGAGGAUGCCCAAGAAGACGCCGAGAAGGCUAAAGGUACAGAGGGUGGUUCAAAAGGCAUCAAGACGAGUGGGGAGAGCGAAGAGAUAGAGAUGGUGAUCAUGGAGCGCAGCAAGCUCCCGGAGCUGGCGGCCAGCACCUCCGUGCAGGAGCAGAACACAACGGACGAGGAGAAGAGCGCCGCCACGGGCUUGGAGAGCGUGCAGUGGAGCAGACCUUUCCUGGAUAUGGUGUACCAUGCCCUGGACAGCCCGGACGACGACUACCACGCGCUCUUCGUGCUCUGCCUCCUCUACGCCAUGUCUCACAACAAAGGCAUGGAUCCUGAAAAACUAGAGCGAAUCCAGCUACCCGUGCCCACCGCAGCCGAGAAGACCACUUACAACCAUCUACUCACCGAAAGACUCAUCAGGAUCAUGAACAAUGCUGCCCAGCCAGACGGGAAGAUCCGACUGGCGACGCUGGAGCUGAGCUGCCUGCUCCUAAAGCAGCAAGUGGUGACCAGCACAGGCUGCAUCAUAAAGGACGUGCACCUGGCCUGCCUGGAGGGCGCAAGAGAAGAAAGCGUCCACCUGGUGCGGCACUUUUAUAAGGGAGAAGAAAUUUUUUUGGACAUGUUUGAAGAUGAGUACAGGAGCAUGACGAUGAAGCCCAUGAACGUGGAGUAUCUCAUGAUGGAUGCCUCCAUCCUGCUGCCCCCGACGGGCACACCGCUGACGGGCAUCGACUUCGUGAAGCGGCUGCCGUGCGGCGAUGUGGAGAAGACCCGGCGGGCCAUCCGGGUGUUCUUCAUGCUCCGCUCCCUGUCCCUGCGGCUGCGAGGGGAGCCCGAGACCCAGCUGCCGCUGACGCGUGAGGAGGACCUAAUCAAGACUGACGACGUCCUCGAUCUGAACAACAGCGACCUCAUCGCGUGCACGGUGAUCACCAAGGACGGUGGCAUGGUCCAGCGCUUCCUGGCUGUCGACAUUUACCAGAUGAGUUUAGUGGAGCCCGACGUGUCCAGGCUUGGCUGGGGAGUGGUCAAGUUCGCAGGCCUUCUGCAGGACAUGCAGGUGACUGGCGUGGAGGACGACAGCCGUGCCCUGAAUAUCACCAUCCACAAGCCUGCGUCCAGCCCCCAUUCCAAGCCCUUCCCCAUCCUCCAGGCCACCUUCCUCUUCUCCGACCACAUUCGCUGCGUCAUCGCCAAGCAGCGCCUGGCCAAGGGCCGCAUCCAGGCAAGGCGCAUGAAGAUGCAGAGGAUAGCUGCCCUCCUGGACCUCCCCAUCCAGCCGACGACCGAGGUCCUGGGGUUUGGACUCGGCUCCUCCUCUUCCACCCAGCACCUGCCCUUCCGCUUCUACGACCAGUGCCGCCGGGGCAGCAGCGACCCCACGGUGCAGCGCUCAGUGUUCGCGUCCGUGGACAAGGUGCCAGGCUUCGCCGUGGCCCAGUGCAUAAACCAGCACAGCUCGCCGUCCCUGUCUUCACCGUCGCCCUCUGCCAGCGGGAGCCCCAGCGGCAGCGGGAGCACCAGCCACUGCGACUCGGGAGGCGCCAGCUCCUCGUCGACCCCCUCCGCCACCCAGAGCCCAUCAGUCAGGUGUGGCAGGAAAGGACGCCGCCGGGUGCUCAGCCUGUCGGAGGCCGACAGUCACGGCGGCCGCUGGGUUUAGUGCUUCCAACGGCAGCUGCCACCGCGUCUCUCGCACACUCAACUCAGAUGACCCCUUGACUGCCGGAGAGCCCCAGCUGGACCUUCCCGACCAGUUGGUGAUCGUCAACGAAAUGGAAGCAGACGCCAGGCCCAGCAAGAGCCUGGUGAGGAGCGCGGACGUGGAGACAGUCAACCUGUCCCCCAGCCUCAUCCCUACCCGGCAGCCCACCAUCUCCCUGCUCUGUGAGGACACUGCCGACACGCUGAGCGUGGAGUCACUGACCCUUGUCCCGCCCGUCGACCCCCACAGCCUGCGCACCCUCGCCGGCAUGCCCACGCCGGCCGCGGUGGGCACAGUGACCCCGGGCGAGGAGGCUUCGCCCCCGGAGGCAGCGGGCCCCACCGAACACUGAAUCGGUGCCCAGCGGCCUGGCCUUGUGCACGUGGCCCCGCUGGUGGGGACCCGGUGCAGCUGACAAAGACACAUGGGAGCAUCCGAGGCUCCGUGGCCCCCGGUAACCGCCUCACCCGCCAGUCCCUGCGCUCCUUCAUCAAUCUGAGUUCCUCUUUCACCGUGCACCUCUCUGGGAGCAGCCUGGGAAUGGUGAGACACCGCAGCCAACACGCACCACCAAGGCGGCUGCCUUGGGGAGGAGGUUGGGCUCCCAGUCUCUGAGCCAACAGCCCGGGGGUGGCAGGACCCACCAGCACCACUGCUUCAUCGGCCAGCCCCUCCCCAGUCUCAUGGCUCCUCAGCCAUCAUCCCCAGUGUGCACAGAAGCAGCAGACAGGGUCACUUUGGGUAGACAUUUGUAGAAAAGCAAACUUCGAUAAACAUCUCCUUUGGACAUUCGUUUCCGCUUUUGGCAGCAGAUAAAAAGCAUUUUACUUAAAAGGCAUCUAUUUCAACGAGAAAGAAAAGUCCAAAAAAAAUCCUCAGCCCUAAGGUUAGAUGUCACGUUAGAAGUGUAAUAUUACCGUUAAGAUUUCAUUUUCGUUUUCCCUCGAACUUCCCAGUGUUUUGUUUUAGAGUUCUGGGUCUGGCUUUCUCUGUUUUCUUAAGUGAUCGGUUUUUCUUUAUUACUCACUAACUCUGCAAACCUGUGGAAUGAUAAAGUACCUUCCUGGAAAGUUUUGAUUAUUUUUUAAACAAAAAUAAAGGAGAUACAUGUAUUCUCAGGUACACACAGA